GAUGGCUAAAACAGGGUUUAUCUUUUUGCUUCUUCUUGUGGCUUCGUUCUUUGAGUUGGCAACAGCCACCAACACUUGUACUUGGGGAUUCUAUAUGUGUGCUAGUAACUCCCAGUGCAUAUCAAGUAGAAACAGAUGUAACGGUUAUACCGAAUGUUCUAAUGGAGAAGAUGAAAGAAACUGCCCGGCAAGUUGUUCAGGCUUUUAUGGACACUUCAGGUGCAAUAAUAACAACUGCAUAUCUAGGAGUAACUUAUGCGACGGUGUCAAUAACUGCGGUGACGGGUCCGAUGAAUCCACCGCUCUUUGCGGCGGUACAGCAUUCCACGUGAGGCUGGUGGGAGGAAGAUCGUCAAACGAAGGACGCCUGGAAGUUUACUAUCCCCCGACACGUACAUGGGGUACAGUCUGUGAUGACGAUUGGGGUUUAAGCGAUGCCAUCGUCGUUUGUCGUCAACUUGGAUUACCCCGCGCUACACAGGCUAUAUCUGGGGCAGAAUUUGGUCAAGGAACAGGCCCUAUUCUGCUCGACCAUGUACAUUGUACAGGCUCAGAGUUAACAUUGUCAAGAUGUUCAUCUGGAGGGUGGAAAAACCAUAAUUGUGGUCAUAGUGAAGAUGCUGGUGUUGUGUGUGGCGCGGCCCAACCUCGUCUUACCUGCUUGCGAUGCUAGGGUGUGUCCAGCUGCCAAUACCCUUCAACAAGGCAGUGUUCUUCGGGUGUUAGGAACUGCAUAAAAAUGAAGGGUAUCACAACCUUAGGGGGACAGGAAACAGAAGUUGAAUCAGCAAGCUGUGAUGA